CCUCGCUGACAGAUAUUUGUAGAGCUGCAGGCUGGGCGGCCCCUAACACGUUCACUAGGCUCUAUAGCCUUCAUGUAGAGCCAGUAUCCUCCUGUGUUCUCACCUCAAACGGGUAGUGGCACUGAGAGGCCCUGGUUAGUGUCGGCUUGAUUAAACUGCUCCAGAGUGUUCAUACUGUAGACCCUGUUGUGAUCCUCCAUCACCCUUGGCAGCUGGACGCAGCGGAACAUCCGGCGCCAGGCCUUCAUUUUGUAUCCGUGAGAACCAUGGAAGGCAGGGUUCCAUAUUGAGACCUAAGUGGUUCUCGUAUGUGUAUAGUCCAUGGUAUAGCCUUAGAGCCUGUGUUUCCCCGGCAGACUUCUACCUUCCCAAGAGGGUUUUUAUGACCUCAAAUUUCUCCAUGUACUCCUAAAUGUAUAUUAUAUGUGUGUUACUGCCACAUUUUCGUUUCUAUUCAUUUUCUGUAUAUUAUUAUUAUUACCGUUAAGUGCCACUAGGGGCGCUGUAGCUUAAGAGUGAACUUCGUAUGCAGAGAAGAGGUUAAUACAGAAGAAGAAGCGAUCUCUCUAGAGAAAAAAGCGAUCUCUUAAGAGAAAGAAAGAUGCAUGACUAAAGUGUGGUCACUAAGCUAAUAAGAUAAAUAAGAUAAACAAAAAGAAGAAGAAAAAGACUUAAACUAAUCCCUCUCUCGGUACUCAGCCAACGAGUUUUCACGGUGUGUUUAUGAUCCUGACUAAGCUGGAUUCAAUAAAUCCAUCAGUAUGAGAAAGCCACUUGUGUCUGUUGGUACCUGGAGGAAUUACAGUGAAAACUCGGACUGAUCUGCAUGCGGGUGGAGGCGAGGCGGCAUGAUCAAAGGAGCAGCAGUCUUGCCACAGCGUGAUCGGCACGUGAACAGAGCGGGGAGCGCGCACGGGACCAAAGCACAUGAUUUGAAGAGCAACACUUUAAGAUAAGACCAUAAGAUGUGUGGACACUCAUAAGUUAAGGGUUUGUCUAAACAUGGAAAACAAAACACAAGUUUAUGGUUGAUUAAUCAAACUGUGAAAAGUGAAAGUAACGUUUUGCUAUUCCUAGUUUUGUUUUAUUAAGCCACAGUGUAAGUUCUAAAGCACCUAAGUUUAAGCAUCAGUACUUUUGUUUUAUUGGGCUAUUUGUAAAAUUCUGUAUUUUAUGUGAACAGUUUAAAUGUGAAUAACUCUUAUUUGAAUACGUUUUGGGUAUAUUUAAGUUGACAGUAAUUUAAGUUACAUUCAUAUUACUGCAUUAAGAUUCAGUGUUACAUUUUUAUUUUAUUCUGCCUUUAUAUUUUAACUGCCUGCAGUACAGGGGUGACUUUUAGUUAACGUAAAGAUUGCUGUUUAGUGACAAGUGACAAGACGUUAAAAUGACUGAUCCAAACACACCACUAAAUAGUGCAGAACCCCAGAUGCAGUCUGAAGAAACCCAAUGUACUGAUCUUAGUGAGCAGCAAGAAUCAGUACAACUUAGAAGAAGUCAGAGAGUGAAAACAUAUUAGAGGUCUUUGUGCAGAUGUCAUAAAAGUUUAUGAAGAGUUACGUAAGCUCACCCCACCGGAUCAGGAGUCAUGUCGCAGAGUAGAUCUGUGUGUGGAGAUCUCAGGUUUCCUCGUGAAUAAAGCAACCAGCCGAUUGGAAGGAAAAGAGGAACAAGAUUGGCCGGAAGCAGGCUCCCUCUUUCAAACUGUAAGCAAUAAGUCAAGCUCCUUCAACACCACUACGAACUCAUCUGAGCAUUCACAUAGAUCCUCUAUAAAACGUCAAGAAGCCGCAGCAGAAGCAGAAGAACAAGAAACGGAACAGCAAGAGAUAGAAAGACUAGAAGCUGAAGUCAGGAAAAAAGCAGUAGAAGAAACAUUGAUUAGACAAAAGCGCUUAGAAAGAGAGACAGAAGAAAUUAGAUUAAGAAUGCAGAGAGAAGCAGACGAAGCAAAGUUUAAGGCUCAACAAGAAGCAGAGUAUGCAGCUCUGCAGAGAACACUUGAUGAAAAGAAAAGAAAAGUACUGCACCUGGAAAAGGUCAAAGAUCUAAAGGCAGCACAAGCAAAGAUGCAGGUUUAUGACCAAAUGAGUGCAGUAGAAGCGCAAAAGAUCGAUGUAACAAAGAUUAACACAGAAAUGAAAGACGCUGAACAUGUAAGCUUCCCAUCUCUGCUUAAACAAGUCAUACCCCAAGCUGCAGCCACUCCUACAAGUGAUGGUACAUCAGAUCUUGUUAAAGUGCUAGCAAGUGCACUAAGUGCUAGCCGUAUCCCUGUUCCGGAACCUACUGAGUUUUCUGGGGAUUCCUUAAGUUACAGUGACUGGAAGCUGUCAUUUCAAACGCUGAUAGACCAAAAAAAUGUCCCAGACAAUAUUCUACCUUCGGAGAUAUGUGAGUGGACCGGCUAAGAGAGCGGUUGAAGGAUACUUCCUGCUUGGAACUGAAUCUGCAUAUGCUGCUGCCUGGAAGAUUCUGGAUGAAAGAUAUGGAAAUCCAUUCACAAUCGCGAAAGCCUUUGGAGACAAACUGCAUGCAUGGCCCAAAAUUACCUCAAGAGACAGUUUCGAACUAAGAGACUUUGCAGAUUUCUUGCACAGUUGUGAAGCUGCUACAGCUCACAUCAAGUCAUUAGAGAUCUUGAAUGACUGCAAUGAGAACCAAAAUAUACUUUCCAAACUUCCAGACUGGCUUGCUGCUAGUUGGAACCGCAAGGUUAUUGAAAUUGAAGAACAAACAAAUCAGUUUCCCACUUUCAGCCAGUUUGUUGAGUUUCUAUCGAGAGAAGCCAAGAUAGCCUGUAAUCCUGUUACAUCUUUACAGUCACUUAAACAAUGUGAGCCUAACAAAUCAGACAAACCGAUGCUUACAAAACAGAAAGAAAUUGGAGUUAAAACCCUGAUGACGACUUCACAAGAAAAGAUACAACUGGUAUGUGUAUUCUGUAAGAAACCUAAGCACAGUUUACACAAAUGCAGAAGUUUUCUGGGAAAGGCUGUGUCAGACAGAGUCAGCUUUAUUAAGUCAGAAAGGCUAUGUUUUGGUUGUCUCAAACCAGGCCAUCAUUCGAAGAGCUGUACCAACCGCAAUAUUUGUGAAAGGUGCAGUAAAGAGCAUCCGACUUGUCUUCAUGAAGAUAGAGUUAAGGACAAAGGAGAACAAAGGCAACCAAUAGCUAAUCCAAAUCCAAGCAACGAAAGGUCAAGUCAAAGCGACCGAGUUCAAGAACAAGUUACAGCCAUGGCUAUGACUAACCGAGUCGCAAGUCAAAAAAAUAACACACAGACAGCUGCAAUCAGUCCUGUGUGGCUUUCAUCUUCCACAAAACACAAAGAAGUUCUUGUGUAUGCCUUACUGGAUUCGCAAAGCGCAAACAACAUUUGUUCUCAGUGAAGUUGCAAAGUUACUAGAGACAAACCAAGAACCUGUUAAACUAGAACUGUCUACUAUGUCUUCCCAGACUACAGUUGUUCAGUCUGACAGACUUCAAAAUCUUCAAGUUCGUGGCCUUUACUCAAGCAAAAGAAUCACUUUACCUCCUACAUACACACGAGAAUUCAUUCCAGCCAACAAAGCUCACAUUCCAAAUAAUGAAACAGCUAAAGCUUGGCCACAUCUGGAACACCUUCAAUCAGAAAUCGCACCUUUGCAAGAUUGCGAGGUAGGAUUGUUGAUCGGAUACAACUGCUCACAAGCUCUUCUGUCGAGAGAGAUUGUGUCAGGCAAGGAAGGCGAGCCAUACGCUCAGCGCAACGAUCUUGGUUGGAGUAUAGUUGGACAAACCAAUCACUGACUGAACUAUGGAGAUGCAAUUGGAAUUAGUCAUCGCAUUAUUGUCAAGAAAGUCAUCCCAGAGCUUAAGCCUUCUCUAAAGCUUCAGAACAAAGUCCACUAUGUCAAUAGGACAACAGUAAAGGACAUCACCCCUUCGGACAUUAUCAAAGCACUUGAAGGAGACUUCUCUGAAAGAGCCAUUGAGGGCAACCCUGUAUCACAAGAAGAUUUAAAGUUUCUCACAAAACUCAAAGAAAACAUCACACAGAAUGAGAGCGGCCACUAUGAGAUGCCACUACCAUUUCGUGACGAAAGACCCACAUUACCAGACAAUAGAAUAUAUGCAAUGCAUCGCCUAAAGUGUCUUGAAAGGAGAUUAAAGAAAGACAAAUCAUAUUACAAUGAUUACACAAACGUCAUGGAUGACAUCAUCUCAAGAGGAGAUGCUGAAAGAGUCCCUGACAAAGAGUUGAAUAACACUCCUGCAUGGUAUAUCCCACAUCAUGGGGUCUAUCACCCACACAAACCCGGAAGAAUCGGAGUAGUAUUUGACUUGACUUGACUUGACAGACUUUUAUUGUCAUUCAGUAUACAACAAGUGUGUACAGAAUGAAAUUUCGUUUGCAUAGGCCACAGUUUCAGUACAGUGUAAAUGUCAAUGCAACAAAGUGUUCUAAGUGUUCAACAGUCUGAUGGCUUGGGGAAAAAACAGUUAUAGAACCUGGUGGUCCUACACCGCAUGCUGCGGAACCUCUUUCCGGAGGCCAGCAGAAUAAACAGACCAUAAUGGGGGUGAGAGGAGUCGCUACAGAUUUUUCUGGCCCGAGAUGCACAGCGGUUCUCUGCAAUGUCCUGAAUGGAGGGAAGAGAAGUGCUGAUGAUUCCAUUCAGCUCAAAGACUCAAGAGAGCUCUGUUCCAAAGGAAAGUUAAGAAUCCACAAAUUUGUGUGUAACAGUUAGAGAGUUAUGUCCACUAUUCCAGAAGAAGAGUGUGCCACAGUGAAAGACCUUGACCUGUCUUUAAGUUUACCACGCAUUGAAAGAGCUCUUGGAGUUGAAUGGUGCGUCACUUCAGACACAUUCAAAUUCAGAGUUCAAGUCAAGUUGAACCCCCUUACAAGAAGAGGUUUACUUUCUACUGUCGCCUCCAUUUACGAUCCCCUGGGGUUUAUUGCACCGUUCGUCCUCUUGGGAAAGCAGAUUCUUCAGCAAAUGUGCAAGGAUAAGGUUGGGUGGGACCACGAGCUUCCAGAGCACUUAAAACCCCAGUGGGAAUCCUGCAUUAGAGACCUUCCAAAUUUAGCUAACAUGCAGAUUCAAAGAUGUUCCUACAGAUUUUGGUCAGGUUAAAAGCUACGAGCUUCAUCACUUCGCAGACACCAGUGUCAAUGGAUAUGGUGCUUGUACUUACCUGCGAGUCAUUAACCAAUCAGAUCAAGUCCAUUGUUGCUUGGUAAUGGCCAAGUCAAGAGUCACACCUACUAGUGUCACAACUAUCCCUCAACUCGAACUCUCAGCAGCAGUUGUUGCAGUUAGAGUCAGUGAUCUACUCAGGACAGAACUUGAAAUCCCAUACAUUGCUGAGUUUUUCUGGACAGACUCCACCGUUGUUCUCGGCUACAUAAAUAAUGAUGCCAAAAGGAUUCAAGUCUUCGUAGCGAAUCGGAUACAAAGGAUCAAGUAACGCACAAAGCCAGAACAAUGGGCGUAUGUCGCAUCAGAGCAGAACCCUGCAGACUACGUUUCUCGAGGCUUAACCGCAGAACAACUGAAGUCCUCUGAAUGGUUUGAGGGGCCAGCAUUUCUCUGGGAGAAGAACAUUCCUGAGAGAGAUGUUAAGGUGGGAGAGAUCAGGGAAAAUGAUCCAGAACUUCGCAAAGCCUCUGUGUAUACCAUCAAUGCAAAGGAAGAGCAAACUAUUUUCAGCAGAUUUGAGAAGUUUUCAGAAUGGUCCAGAUUGAUAAGAGCAUUUGCAAUCUUGAGAAGAAAGGUCAAGGAACACAAGGGUGAUAUACAAAGGAUCAAAGAAAGUACAACUUUGGAAGAAAGAAAACAAACAGAACUGUUUGUCAUCAAAAUUGUUCAAGAGAAAGCUUUUGCAGAAGAGAUAAAGAGUCUAAAAUCAAAGAAAACAGUUUCCAAGACCACAAAUCAUAAUCUGUACAAAGUCCGUUUCUGGACGAAAAAGGAAUCCUCAGAGUGGGUGGACGUUUGGGUCAAGCUGUACUACACCCGCAUGUAAAACAUCCAGCCAUACUUCCCAAGGACAGUCAUAUUUCAACUUUGCUAAUCAGACAUUUUCACACGAAGGUUCAACAUCAAGGUCGUGGAAUGACUAUGAAUGAGUUGCGUGCAAAUGGUUGGUGGAUUCUUGGGAGCAGCCGUGCAGUUUUAUCAUACAUCUUCAAAUGUGUAAGAUGUCGCAAAUACAGAAGGAAUACGGAGCAUCAAAGUGUGGGAGAUUUGCCAGUGGAACGAACUGAGUCUACCCCGCCUUUCACUUAUGUUGGAAUGGAUUGCUUUGGACCAAUAUACGUCAAAGAUGGACGAAAGGAGCUCAAGAGAUAUGGACUCAUACUAACCUGUCUAUGUUCACGAGCCAUACAUAUUGAAGUAGUAGACGACCUGAGUACAGACACAUUUCUAAAUGCUCUGCGAGCAUUUAUUGCAAUAAGAGGAAAUGUGCAUCAACUGAGAUGUGAUAGAGGAACCAAUUUCAUUGGGGCCCAGAGAGAACUCGCAGAUCUCAUGAAAGAAAUUAAUCAGGAGAAGGUAAAAGCGCUUGGAUGUGAAUUUCUCAUGAUUCCCCCUUGGGCAAGCCAUAUGGGUGGAAUAUGGGAAAGACAGAUCAGGACCAUCCAUAGUGUUCUUUCAGCCAUCCUUGACCAGUCAGCAAAGAGACUCAACAGUACAUCCUUGAGAACCUUGUUGUAUGAGGUCAUGGCGAUUGUCAACAGUAGGCCACUUUCCAUCGAACAUUUAAGUGAUCCAACAGGUCCUGAGCCAUUAACGCCCAAUCACAUUCUCACUAUGAAGUCAACCAUUGUUCAACCUCCUCCAGGAGAAUUUAGGAAAGAAGAUAUGUAUCUUCAAAAAAGAUGGAGAAGAGUACAAUAUUUAGCCAAUGAGUUUUGGAUUCGUUGGAGGAAAGAAUAUUUGCUCAACUUGCAACCAAGACAGAAGUGGAAUGUACACAGAAGGAAUCUGAAGAUAAAUGAUGUAGUGGCACGAUGACAAGAUGACAUGGCACCACGUAAUGAAUGGAAGCUUGCCAAAGUCACUGAUGUCUAUCCAGGAACUGAUAACAAAGUGAGAAAGGUUCGACUUUUGGUUAGUGAAAGGACAUAUGACAAGCACAGUAAACUUGUGACUAAGACAGUCUCAUUAGAACGACCUAUUCAUAAGGUUAUUGUUUUGCUAGAAGCAGACUAAGGGUUUGUGUUUAUUUUCAUGUUCAGUUUGUCAGACUGAGUGUAAGUCAUAGAAAUCCCACAGUAAGAGUUGUGAGAUUGGUGGGAGUGUUACUGCCACAUUUUCGUUUCUAUUCAUUUUCUGUAUUUUAUUAUUAUUACCGUUAAGUGCCACUAGGGGCGCUGUAGCUUAAGAGUGAGCUUCGUAUGCAGAUAAGAGGUUAAUACAGAAGAAGAAGCGAUCUCUCAAGAGAAAGAAGCGAUCUCUCAAGAGAAAGAAAGAUGCAUGACUAAAGUGUGGUCACUAAGCUAAUAAGAGAAAUAAGAUAAACAAAAAGA